UUGUUUUGGUUUGGAGGCAUCGGAGUUCGGUGCGGAAAGAUUUGUGAAAAGAAGCUCAUCCUCCAGAAAGUGUUGUUUCGGAAAGAGUGCAAAGACGAGGCUACGUUCAAUGAAAUUAUUAGUGCCGUUUGCCAAUGGUCAACGCAAGCGAGGGUGACCUAGUGUGAUUGCAAAAUUUCCUAAAUUCUAGAAGCAAGCGGAUAUACAGAAACACAGACAUAGAAGUAACUGAAGCGGAAAGAUCGCUGCCCGGAAAGUCAACUGUUGCGUACCGGUGGCUGCUCGAAGCAAAUGGAGGACUAUAAGUUUCUCUUCAAGGUCGUGCUGGUCGGAAAUGCCGGUGUCGGAAAGACCUGCCUGGUGCGAAGGUUCACCCAGGGUCUAUUCCCGCCCGGUCAGGGGGCCACGAUCGGAGUCGAUUUUAUGAUCAAAACGGUCGAAGUCGAUAAUCAAAAGAUUAAGCUACAGAUCUGGGAUACGGCCGGCCAGGAGCGGUUUCGAUCAAUCACGCAAAGCUACUACCGAUCCGCUUCCGCACUGAUACUAGUGUACGAUAUCAGCUGCCAACCUACGUUCGACUGUUUGCCGGACUGGCUACGAGAAAUCCAAGAGCACGCCAACUCCAAGGUGCUCAAAAUUCUGGUGGGCAACAAGACGGAUCGAGACGAUCGCGAAAUUCCACAGGAUGUAGGAGCUGAGUUUGCGAAGCAGCACGGCAUGUACUUCCUCGAAACAUCCGCCAAGCAGGCAGACAACGUUGAGCGGCUGUUCUAUGAUAUUGCUGCCGUUCUAAUCGAGCAAGCACGCACGAAAGAGUUUACCCUGCGCAGCGAAACGAGCGUCCUUACGAAUCUCUCCCAAAAGACGAUCUACCAUCCGAGCUGUUGCAGCGUCGGUGAUAGGGGUCAAGCAAACCACUCGAACGAUUCCCAUUACUCCGACAGCUCUGGUCCAUCAAGUCUCGCUAGCAGUAGCGGUAAUUUUAUCACCCAGCAGUAAGGAAGCUGAUCGUGGAGGAAUCAGUAAACCAAAUAACCAGAGAACACUGAUUGGCCAACAGACACCAUGAGCGUUGAGCAAUGUUGGCGGGGAUCGUGAAAUAGGCAGGUGUUUUAGCGGGAACUUCCAGCGGGAGGAUUAUCAACCGCUUUUUACCUAUCACAAGGCACAACGCACAAUAGGAGUUGAGGGCCAGUAUGAAAACGCUGUGUGAAUGUGAACGAGAAAGAGGUUCGCUCCCACCCAAAGGUGAUGGAGUUCAGUUGCUGUGCUACGAGAAUCAUUGGCUUAAGUUACGGUUUUAGACUAUGUUCCUGUGUUAAUAUUAGUAAUAAAUGGAUGAACGAAUGAAUUUACUAAAAAAUACUCCAAGAAGAUUGAAAUAAAUGUGAUUGAGAAAAGUAAAA